AUGGAGUGCGAGCUGAUCGCGGAGUUCAAAACCAGAGCAACCAGCGGCUUCGACAUCAACUUCCGCGAGCUCCUUUCGCGUGCCUUUGCCGUACACGCAUGGGGGGAACGCUGGUCUACCAUUAGUCCUAUUUGCGGCAGGCCACGUCAUGUGCAUUUCCGUAUCGACAAUUCCUCAGCAAUCGCAUGGCAAAACAAGAUGGCUUCACACAAUCCCAGGGCUCAAGUCGUCAUCCUUUUGUUGGGCUGGUGGGAAACGUCAUACCGGCUUUGUUUCUCAGCAUCCCACAUCACCGGUGGUCACAUCGUGUCCCCAGUCGUGGAUGUCGAGGGUCUAACGGAUAUCUGGCAUCGUAUCUUCGCGCGCACUCCGUUGCCAACUCCACGUUUGACCAGUACAAGCGGGCCCUAG